UCUCCUUUUUUUUCUGCUUCUAUAUGUUGUAGUAACUCCUGAAUGUUGAGCCUGUUUGUUUUUUUAUCUACUUCUGUUAAAUCUGAUACAAGUUGAACCAAACUGUAAAACUUUUUCUUAUCGUUUUCCUAAAUAAUUCCUGCGGUUUGACAACCAGGACAGAGUGGGAAGCAUCACUCCCACCAUCACCAUCACCCCUCCGUGGUCCCCACCCUCCUCUCCUCACCUCCAUCUGCGCUGCAUGCAGGUUAUUAUCCUGUCACUGAGCCUCACAGAGCUGCGGAAAGUUUGAUAUUUCCAACCUUUUCGGACAGAACCUCGUUUGACUGAAUCAUGGCGAACUCCGGGAUCCAGCUGCUGGGCUUCUUCCUGUCUCUGGUGGGCAUCGUGGGGCUGAUCGUGGGGACCGUCCUGCCUCAGUGGAAGAUGUCCGCCUACAUCGGGGACAACAUCAUCACGGCCGUGGCCAUGUACCAGGGGCUGUGGAUGUCCUGCGCCUUCCAGAGCACCGGACAGCUGCAGUGCAAAAUAUACGACUCCAUCCUGCAGCUGGACAGUUCGCUCCAGGCGACCCGCGCCUUGAUGAUAGUCGGCAUCAUCGUGUCCGUGGCGGGUCUGGGCGUGGCCUGCAUGGGAAUGAAGUGCACCACCUGUGGAGGAAGUGACAAACUACGCAAGUCUCGCAUUGCCAUGAUAGGAGGAAUUAUUCUUCUGAUAGGAGGCCUCUGUGCCAUUGUGGCGUGUUCUUGGUUUGCUCACAACGUCAUCAGAGCUUUCUACAACCCCUAUACUCCGGUCAACACCAAGUUUGAAUUCGGAGCGGCCAUCUUCAUCGCUUGGGGCGGCGCCCUCCUCGAUGUUCUGGGCGGCGCCAUGCUGGCCGCCUCCUGUCCCAGGAAGAAGCAGGUAUCCAGGUACCCAAACAUGCCCGGCUCUCGCUCCAGCCCUCCAAGCAGCAACAAGGAAUAUGUCUGAGAGCGCCCCCUGCUGGCUGGGACUGCUGUGUUACAAAGAAAAAAACAAUUGUUGCAGCGUCAACGGAGCAGAACCGAAGAUGUGAAACAGUGACACUCCUUGUUGGGCUUUAAUGAGCGUUUAAUUGUCACACACUGCUCUGAAUUGUUUCGUCAGAGAUGUUUCAUACUCCGUCCUCACAUUCCACAGUUGUUUGGUUUUCUCAGACACAUUAUAAUUGGAUCCCCCUAUUAAACCCACAAGGCUUUGGGUUGCAGCCUAAUAUUAUGGACUAAAGCCAACAUUUGCAGCCGUAUGUCAGCGCUAGCAGUAAUUAGCACAUGUCUUGUAAUUGAAAGUAAUCAGUUCCUCCAUGGUGUGCAGGUUGCAGCUCAGUCCAUGUGAUGUUUUAUUAUAUCAGUGUACUAAAAUAGACGUUAAAGUGAGCAUGGUGUGACUUCUCACACUUGCCUCAUUGUACACCAAACGACACCCAUUACUCUUCAAAGCAGCCGGCUAGAAACUCUGCUCAGAUAGACACAAAAUAUGUUUUUUACCCUGAUUAUACUCCUAUUUAUUUUGUAGAUUUAAGGGGUCUGUAGCGUCAUGAUAUGUAGAUUUUACACUGUUAUACUCUGAGCUGUAACUACAGAAUAACGGGAACAUAGGAAAUGUAUGAAAAACAGUAUUUUUAACAUGUCAAUAUAUAGAUAAAUAAAAUCACUGCAGAUAUUAA